AAAAGAAAGCCAUGAUUUUCACUAAUUAAGGGAAUUCAAAAUAUGAAGAAGUAGAAACACAAAGACGAUAAAGGGAUUCAACAUCUAUUACAUCUGCUACAUGUAUAUACUAGUGUAAUUUUCUGGCGAUAGCUCCGCUCAUGCGGCCUUUCCCCCCUCCCCUCGUCGUCAUCAGGUCACUAACUUUCUUGACCUUCCCCUGCCCCUUGUCGUCAUCAGAUCACCAACUUUCUUGACCUUCUCAUACAUGAUCUUACGACUUUGUUAACCAUACACAAAAACUCCAUCCAAAAGUUUCUUGUUCAAGAGAUGGCUUUCUUUUGCAGAGUCCACAAAAAAAUGGCUGAACAAUCAAGUGUGAGUCAACAUUCAAUAGAGAUUGGACAAUCAAAGAAGAAGUUGAUUGUGCCAAGCAUACUAGUAGGCAUAAAGAACCAGCCAUCUUCAGUGCCUUCUUCACCUUCAGGCCAACCAAAGAGCGCGAAGUACAACUGCUUAUGCUCACCAACUACACAUGCUGGUUCUUUCAGGUGCAGAUAUCACAGGACCUCUAGCUUGACUCGAAAUAGCAUCUCUGUUGGCUCAAAACUCUCUGAACUAGCUGCUGGAAAAUGACUCAAAUAAUGUAGCAUUUCAUCUGUAAUAAAGCUGUAAUAAGGACUCAAUUUUCUGUGGAUUGCUUCUCUUUUUCAACUUUCCACUUAAUAUGGACUUUCUAAUCUGAUUCCUAUAGUUGUAAAAUCAUGAAGAAUGCUUGGUUGUCCAUUUGUUUGUUUA